CUAAUAAAGUUUGGGGUUUCUGCAGAAAUCUAGCCUUAUUUAACGUUUCAUAGCGACUGUUACAGUCAAAGUAGCGACGCGCCAACUGAAAUUGAACGCUUCCUGUCAGUCCAAGUGCAUUGUGGGUGACGUUGGUAACUUGAAACAAACAACUCAUCGUAGAGGUGUGGCCACGACUGGAGCCAAAAUGGCAACGACAGGACGUCAGUUUCACAUUUCGCACUGAUUCAUCUAACUCUGGACGUUAGCUAACUAGCUAGCUCAGCAAGGAGGAACUGGGUUAGCAACCAUAGAGAAGGAAACUCGGGCACAGUUAAAUAUGGCUGAACUUGACCAGCACGAAGGAGAGCAGGACAUUGAGAAGAAAAUUGAGGAGACGAGACAGAGAUUCAAGAACGAGUUCCUCCAAGAUUCAACAGAUAAAUAUGACUCCAGAGACUUGGAAAGGCUUCAGACAGAUGAUGCGCUGGUGGAAGGCUACCUGACAUGGAGACUUUAUGUUGUUGAUGAUGCCUUGAAAAUGAUUGAUGAGAGUCUUCAGUGGAGAAAAGAAUAUGGUUUGAAUGAUCUCACUGAGAGCACCAUUCCCAAAUGGAUGUUCGAGACUGGUGCUGUCUACCUCCACGGCUAUGACAAAGAGGGCAACAAGCUCUUCUGGUUCAAAGUAAAGCUACACGUCAAGGAUGCAAAAACAAUCAUGGACAAGAAGAAGUAUGUUGCCUUCUGGCUGGAGCGGUAUGCGAAGAAAGAACCUGGGAUGCCACUCACCGUUGUGUUUGACAUGACUGAGUCUGGCCUCAGCAAUAUAGACAUGGAGUUUGUGAAGUACAUUAUCAAUUGCUUCAAAGUAUAUUAUCCAAAGUUUUUAUCCAAAAUGAUCAUCGUGGAAAUGCCUUGGAUCAUGAAUGCUGCGUGGAAGAUUGUGAAGUCAUGGUUGGGUCCGGAGGCAAUCAGCAAGCUCAAGUUUGCAUCCAGAUCUGAGAUCCAGACAUUCAUAGGGCCGGAGUACCUGCCACCUCACAUGGGUGGAAUGGACCCCUUCAAGUAUAGCUACCCGCCUCUUCCUGAUGACGACUUCCAAACGCCCGUCUGUGAAAACGGACCUAUUGUUAGUGAAGAUGAGAUGGAGAGCAAAGAGGGUGACGCGGAGGGCAAAGAUGCCCUCGAGUCCAGCUUCAACUCUGAGGUUGCGGUGAAGCCCAAAAAGGUGAAUUUCCUGGAAGACAGUUUGAGGGCAGAGGACAAUGAUAAAGGAGACGCAAGCGGCAAGACCAAAGGAGCAAGAAAGCCACUGACCACCUUCAAAGGCCCUCUGCUUGAUGUUAGCCCUUCAGAGGAGCUCAGCUUUGGUUCUGGAGAGACAGAGAAAAAAAGCCUCAUUAUCCUGAGCAAUGUGACCAAAAAUCAAGUGGCCUAUAAGGUACGGACCACAGCGCCUGAGAAGUACAGAGUGAAGCCCAGUAGCAGCUGCUGUGAGCCAGGAGCUUCAGUAGAUAUAGUGGUGUCCUUACAUGGAGGUUCUCAAGCCUCUCCACAGGACAGAUUUUUAGUCAUGGCUGCCGAGAUGGACAACGUUGGAUCGCAAGAACUUGCACAGUUCUGGAAAGAAGUCCCGAAAACCAAGAUCAUGGAACACAGGUUGCGUUGUCAUGUUUUGGAGAGCGUUAAACCAACAGUGAGUCCUCCCAAGGAUAGUCCUGUGGAGACGGGGACCAGCGGGCAGCAGGAAUUAGGCACAGCGCUUAUGCGAAUGAUGGCCUGCAACUCUCGGUUGGAGCAGAAGCUGAACACGUGUCUGUGGGUGCAGAAGGUUCUCAUUGUGUUGGUGCUGCUCCUCGUGGUGCUGAAUUUGCUGUCUCUCUUCUGGCUGGAUACUUCCCAGCAGCCAUCCUUGCCAGCCACAGCCCCCUCCGCCUGCAUCUGUCAACCACAGACGGUUCAACAGGGACCACAGCUGACUACCUGAGAGAUGGUCGUGCCCACCCCUCCCCUACCCUCCUCACAGGCUGCUGCCACGUAGGGGGAGGAGGGCUGACUUUAGGGACAUGUGAGUUAAGAGACUGUACUCGUCUCUUUUCAGGCACUUGAGAGUUAACGCAACAGAGACAUUUUUAAAUAAUGUGACAUCAAAUCAUUAAUGUAUUUUUUAAGACUGAUAAUGGAAAAAAUGAAUGUGUAUUUAUUGCAAAAGUCACAAUAUGUAGGGAAACUUUGUUAUUUUUGUGAUCAUAAUAAAACAUUUUUAUAUUGUAAAA